UCUAAAGCAGCACUUGAAUGCAUCACAAGCAGCGCGGUUCAGGAGCGUUCAGCAGAAUUCAGCAGAAAAACAAGACCUGAUGUAGUAGUCGAGCCGCAGAACCUCAGUGAUGUGGACAGCCCUGACAAACACCAGCAGGACGCCCGACAGAGACGGAGACAGCUCGAAGAUGGUUGACCCAGAUCUCCGUACAUGGCAGCUUUUACACACGGUUCAGCAGAUGAAUGGUUCGACAGCAGCAUCCACUCAGCCUUCUCACACUGAAGACCCUUCAGCCAGGAACAGCGGGAUCAUACCUGGAGCCAUUGCAGCCACAGUGUUCAUCACAUUCCUUCUUGCCCUCUACGCUGUCCUGUGGAAGUGCAUGGUGUCACCACCACAGAGAAAGCACAACAAGGUGAGGGUGCGAGUACAGCAGAGGAGUUCUGUGUGAUGACUGGCUGCCGGGUUGAAAUGUUUCAUCUGUUUACGGUGUGGACUUAAAUCUGGGGGCAGACUUUGCUUUAAGUGACCUGUGACAGUUUGUCGCUGGAGAGGAUCCCCUGAUGUUAUCUCAGACCAACAGAAAGUGGACCCACAUGUCUGCUGGAGGCUGCUGUUGACUUAGAGAAAGUUUGAUGUGAAAAACUUUUUGCCAGGUCAGAUUGUGCUGCUUUAUUCUGUGAACUCUGCACUACUGAGGACUGGGGCAGCUUGCUCUACUGGCCAACAUGCUGCAUGUGCAUGAGUCUGAAAGACAGGUUGUGGUAUAUUGUGUAUUCUUUAAUGAAUUUGAACCAAAUGAACUGCUGCAUUGGAAAGAUGUUCUCUCUAUGAGCACAGAAGUCUUUGCAUACAUCUUUAGGUUGUAUCAGUACAUUUAAAUCUGUCACAGUUACAGGUGUUUCGGAGGAAACUCUUAAAGCUGCCAGGAUGUUUCAGGAAAAAAGCGCAUUACCCUCGCAGCUUUACUGAAAAUCUUAAAAGGGAUUUUGUUUCAUAAAUGUCCUCUUUUUUUCUUUAAAUCCAGGUGUUUGAUUCACUGUACUCAGGAUGUUUUUACCCACUGUAUGACUUCUGACUCUUUAAACUAAACUGUGACUUUUUCUUUUCUCAACACGUGAAUAUAAAUAAAUGCCAGAAUCAGUGACUUAGACUUAGUCACAUUUUGGUCAAACUUUGAAAAACA